CAGGUUCGGUACGGCCAAUGGGCGCAGGGUGGUGGCGGGCGGGCCCCAAGGCCUGGGGUUUUAGGAGGUGAGCGGGCCGAGGGCCGGCCUGACGCUGCUGCAUCGCGGGAGGCGCAUGGCGGGCAUGGCGCUGGCGCGAGCAUGGAAGCAGAUGUCCUGGUUCUACUACCAGUACCUGCUGGUCACUGCACUCUACAUGCUGGAGCCCUGGGAGCGAACCGUGUUCAAUUCAAUGCUGGUUUCUGUGGUGGGGAUGGCCCUGUACACCGGCUACGUCUUCAUGCCCCAGCACAUC